UUCACAGGGUUUCACUUUCCAGCGCUUCUGCUGUCAAGUUGUCUUGAUGUCGAGGUAUGUUUCAGUAUUUCGAUACCGAACGUCCGGUGACUUCCACUAUGCUCAUGCUGCUUGCUCUAUUUCAGGCGUAUUUAAAUGCUCGAGGACAGGAAGUCACUAGUCAAGGACUUUCGCUAUCUGCUAGCUCGUCACCCUCUCCUUCUUUUGGUAGUAUUGAAUGUGUAUCUUAUCGCUCUUGACGGACGAGGUCGGACUUCCGGACACUAUUCCAAGGAAACUUGGAUAGCAGCUGAACCUUGAGUCAUGGGUUAGAAGUUUACGAGAAAGCUACUCCAGGCUCCACAGUAUAUAUAGAGAGCGAAUGGGAAUGUCAAUCGAUAUCUCUUCACUUGUGUCAACAGGAUGCUUCAACCUUUGACUUGGUUCGAGCUAUCUUUUCUAGCUUGUGCUGCGCUAGUUGCGUCCCUACUUGUGUACGUCCGACUCACAAAGAAAGACUCGCCUUUAAAAGGCGACGUUACGGUACAUUCGAAUUCUUCCGAUAGCUCGAAGCCUGAACGCCCCGCUGGACAGUGGUUGCCUGUACAAUUUGACUAUCCGCAGGUGCAGCCCUGCGCAGAAGAUCCCUUGACCUUGAAACCUAUUCCUUAUCGUCCGUUCAAAUGGGGCGAGUACCACGUAACGAUGGGUAUCCGCUCUAUGCCCUGGGAUGAAUGGAUUGAGCUUGACUGCCAAUUCCAACAUUAUUACAAGCUCAGAGAAGCUCGCAUAGCUGCACGGGGCGACCGUGUGAUUCGAACUCUGCCCGCUCGCCUGGGCGUGGGAUCUGCACAAUUGGCAGCUGUCGAGCUUCUUCACGAGCUAGCAGAAUACCUUUUCAGGCGUUAUCCAUCGAUGUAUACCGUAUCACGAUAUCCUCGUGAGAAGUCGACCUAUGGUUGGUAUGGAUUGGGUGACAUCAAGGAUAUCACUAUUGUGCCCUUAAACAAGACGUUUACCUUGGCCGAUGGUGACCCGUUGCUUACGGCUGCGCUCCUCACUCAGGAUGAUCUUGCCAUCAUGGUUGAAGGCGAGGAUGGACGUUAUUAUUUGCAGGCGUGUGCGCUCUGCAACGCUGGUACAUGGCGUCUCGAGGACAAGAUUGGGCUGCCCUUGGAAGAAAUACAUACCAGAGGUGGUGUCCCUCGAUAUAAGAGUAAAUUGGAGCUUAGCAUGGGCAGAUUCUUCCGGCGCAUGCCCGUAGAUAAACCUGUCAUUCGGAACAACUACUCUUUCCAAGCCGUCCGCGAAGACUCUGACCCUACAGGACUAGACUAUAGCGAGCUUGGGUGGGCUUCUACGAUGAAAGGUGACGAAGACCUACUUCAGUCCGAGGGAAAACGAUGGCUUCGUGAUAUCAACGGCUCACUCCGAGAGGUGGAAGAUAAGAGUCUGAUGGCCGUUACCCCGUCCAUGGUGUGGCUCCGCACCGAAAGGCAGACACUUCGAAGACUUCCAAUAUCUGGAGCCAUCGUUUUCACGAUUAGGGUCUAUCAGACGCCUGUAACUCAGCUUGUGGAAGAACCUGGAGUGCCGGGACGAAUGGCUAGUGCGAUUCGAAGCUGGCCGGAGGAUGUUGCCGUGUAUAAAGCCAAGAGCGCAUUCGAAGGCAUCUUAGACUAUUUAGACGAAUGUCACAAUAAACAGCUAGAGGAUGGCUUGUUACCUGUGGAAGGAAACCCGUUUCCAUUCUGACAUGUUUAAGUCAAGAGUUCUACAGCUUAGUUUUCAGUAUCUGAUCCCCUAAAAUCCUCGGAGACUCGGGUACCUGAAGACCAUUAACUACACUAUGCUCCACUCCGAACAUCAAGGAUAUUCAAAUAUUCUCACUCUGUUCGGGUUAUGAUAUGAUCUAUCUUGUCUUCCUGCAUUAAAAUCGAAAUACAGCACGUUUAUAGAGAUCUUGAGGUCACUCCGCCUGCGUAGGGACUUCGUAUCACAG